AUGGCUGCUGUACGCAACCCUGUUGCUCCCGGAUACCAAAGUGCGCCGUACCCACCUUCAGCACCAAGCCAACAGAUGCCUGCAAGCAGAAUGGACCUGUACAUUUCAUGCACAGGAUUGCUGAAAAUGGAUGCAACUUCACAUUCAGACCCCAUGGCUGUACUCCACAUGUACAACAAAGUUAGCAAAAAGUGGCAAGAGUGUGGCAGAACUGAAACAAUAAAGGAUACAGAGAAUCCAAAUUUUGCCACUCCGUUUGUUGUGGAUUACUUCUUUGAGGAAGUCCAGAAAGUUAAGAUCAGUGUUUAUGAUGCUGAUGACCCCAGAUCAAGUCUACACAGUGCAGAUUUUCUUGGCUCCAUUGAAUGCAACCUUUCCCAAAUUGCCUCCUCCAGAAAAUUUACAAAAGAACUUGGGUCUCAAUCUGGUCGCUGUGGAACAAUAACAAUAAGAUGUGAGGAAAUAUCAAGCAAUACAGAUAUGAUUUCUCUUUCCUUCAAAGCAAAUAAGUUGGAUAAAAAGGAUUUUCUUGGAAAAUCAGAUCCUUUUCUGGAGUUUUCAAGAUCAUCAGCAGACGGAGGUUUCAUGCUUGUACAUAGAACAGAGGUCAUAAAGAAUACACUGGAUCCAGUUUGGAAACCCUUUGAGAUUUCUGUCCAGAAACUUUGUAAUGGUGACCUGGAUAGACUUAUAAAGAUUGACUGUUAUGAUCAUGAUGAUGAUGGUGGCCAUGAUUUGAUUGGCAGCUGCACAACCAAUGUUCGCCAGAUGAUUGAGGCAAGUAAGCAUGAGAUAUCUUUACCAUGCAUUAACCCAAAGAAGCAACAGAAGAAGAAAAAUUACGUGAAUUCUGGGAUCAUCAUCUUAUCAUAUUCAAAGUACUUGAAAGGACAUUCAUUUGUUGAUUAUUUGAGUCAUGGCUGCCAAAUCCAUUUUACGGUUGCCAUUGACUUCACAGCAUCCAAUGGUAAUCCUAAUGCAACUACCUCACUACACUACAUAAACCCGUACCAACCCAACGAGUACACGGUCGCUUUACUCUCAGUCGGCGAAGUAGUUCAAGAUUAUGAUACGGACAAAAUGUUUCCUGCUCUUGGUUUUGGGGCUAGAAUCCCACCAAACUUUGCCGAAGCGCAUCACGAAUUUCCACUCAAUUUCGACUUUGCAAAUCCCUAUUGUGCAGGACUAAACGGAAUACUUGAUGCGUACCAGAAUGCACUGCGCUCAGUCCAAUUAUACGGACCAACUAACUUUAGUCCGGUUAUUCGACACGUUAGCAGAUUCGCAGCAGAGGAGUCAAAGACGGGGGUAGCUAAUGCGUACUUCAUACUCUUGAUAUUAACGGAUGGUGAAAUAACAGACAUGGAUGAAACAAUCAAAGCCAUUGUUGAAGCCUCAUACCUGCCAUUGUCUAUCAUUAUUGUUGGUGUUGGAAGUGCAAAUUUUUCAAAUAUGGAGUAUCUCGACGCAGACAAACAACGGUUGUCAUUUGGCGGGAAAACAGCUGCCAGAGAUAUUGUUCAGUUUGUGCCCUUCAGAGAAUUUAAAGGGGCUCCUCCGCAUUCCUUGGCAAAAUGUGUCCUCGCAGAAGUACCAGCUCAAGUCACGUCAUAUUUCAAGAUGAAAGGGAUAGCCCCAAAUAUUUAGUAGUAUUUCAGAUACUUUCUAGCUUUUCUAAUCUUUCCUUGUUUAGCUAACUGAACGUUGAAAUUUUGAAAUGCAAGAAUUUCACGCUGAAAUUUCAUAUUAAUGCUUCAAAAAGACAUAGUAUGAUUAUUUUUAAAAGGCCAGCCAAAGAUGGUCAGUGAUACUUUAAAAAAGAUAAAUGCGCGGCCAAAACUAACAACUCAGGCACAGCCUACUGUUCACCAACCACCACCCCUUCCUACUUUUGGCAAUUGAUACAAUUAUCUUAACUUGCAAAAAUCGUGUGAAUUUGAUCAUUUUAGCUACUUUAAGUUAAUUAUACUUCCGAUCCCACCCCUAAACUUAUGCAGUGGGCGAUCAGAUUGAUCUUCCCCUUCCGACCCCACCCUUCCGACCCCACCCUUCCGACCCCACCCUUCCGACCCCACCCUUCCGACCCCACCCUUCCGAUCCCACCCUUCCGAUCCCACCCUUCCGAUCCCACCCUUCCGAUCCCACCCUUCCGAUCCCACCCCAAGACUUUUAUCAUAUCACCACUGCUUACUUUAAUCGGAACGAAAUUUUCUCUUCGGGAAACGCUCUGUGAGUAAAAUUCUUAUUAGGCAAAUUUGAUUGGGUUACGGUUAUUUGAUUUUUCCAGUAACCGCCUCAUGUAUUAUAUCACAUCUUAUUCCGGUUAACAAUUUUUUUAAUUGACUGCGUGAUAUUAUAUAUUACACUGUGCUCCGGGUAUUUAAUUUUCCUAGUAACCUCCUCGUGUAUUAUAUCACAUCAUAUUCCGGUUAACAAUUGUUUAUUGACCGGGUCAUGCGAUAUAUUACACUGUGUUACGGUUAUUUAAUUAUUCUAGUAACUGCCUCAUGUAUUAUAUCACAUCCUAUUCUGGUUACCAAAUUUUAUUGACCGCGUCAUGCGAUAUAUUACACUGUGUUCCGAUUAUUAAGGUAUUUCAGUGACCGCAUCAUGUGAUAUACUGUGCUUCGGUUAUUACGUUUUCCAGUGACCACCUAAUAUUUUAUACUCUAUCAAAGAAUAGAGCUUACAGACUUCAAAUGGCAGACUUGGUUAGUUGGUUGGUGAGAAAGAAGCGUAAAAUAUGCAGGAGAGAAAAAUAGUUCUGUACACGCCUUGAAGCAACUGCAAAUAAGAGAAAAUCUCCCUUAACUUUUAUGUGACAAUUUUUUUCAUAAAAACAGGUUUAUAAGAACACGAGCCUCGAAACUGGUAAAAAAACAAAGUAAAAACAAGCUGAGGCAAAGGUGCUGUGAAAUGAAAUUUUGAACAAAGUUUGUUUACAUACCCUUCCAAUUAUUGGCAUGACCUGUCAAGAUCCCACCAAAGAAAGGAGAGUAGAAAUUUUAAGCCUAUUUCUUCUACUAAGACAAUGUCGGAACAAAUUGAGAGCUAUCCAACCUCAAAUUUUCAAAAGAAUUAAGAACAGAUAGCCUGAACGUCAAUGUAUUGUUUCUUAUAAAAAAUAAGUUUAGUUUUUGCUUCAUAAUUUAGCAAGGUAUUGAUAACAUAUAUUUUGUAAAACAUAUUUACGGGUAAUUUGCUGGUUGUUGGGUUUAUUUUCUUUUUUAAUUAUAAGGAUCUUAAUUUCAUUGUCACUUAAAUAUUAAUACAUAUCAAAGUAUGCUUUUAAUUUUGACACUUUACACCUUUAAGAUUAUCCGUUGAUUUAAUAAAAUACCAUAUGUAGUAAGAAUCGAGUAUACUCUAA